AUGAAGUCUCCUCUUUACCUUCUGACGGUCCUGCUUCCUCUAGCAACUGAAAUCGUGGCCGCUUCCCCGACCGCGGAUUUCACGGAUUCCGAUACCCUUGAGGAGAGAGAUCGCUUUAAUGGCGGUGGAGGAGGUAAAUUUGGUGAUAAGUUCAACCCUUGUAAGAUCCGAAAGCCAUACUGGUACUGGAAGUACCCGUGCGACUCGAGCGACAAAACUAGCCGGGAAUCUCCAGGUGGCCAGUGGAAUGCGAGUUGCCGGUACAAGAACUGGUACAAGACAAAGAAGGGGUGGGUGCAUGACUUUGAAAAGCCCAAAAACUGUCACGGUAGUUGGGAGCAUCAGCAGUGCCCACCACCUACUUUUGGCUAG